AUGUCAGUUCAUUUGAAAAUAACCAAAUCAUUUACAAAUCAAGUAUUGAAUAGAAAGGAGUUGUGCAUGGAGAUAACACAUUCUAACCAAGCUACACCUAAUAAGGCUGUUAUUGUUGAUGAAUUAAGUGUAAAUUAUUCGAUUCCAAAAAAUCAGAUUUAUGUUUUUAAAAUGAAAACCGAAUUUGGUAUUCAGAGAUCUAAAGCAUUGGCUCAUCUCUACAACUCAGAAGAGUCUCUUAGAGAAAUUGAAAAGCAGUAUGUAAUUAAAAGAACAUUUAAUGAAGAAAUUGAUAAAUUGCCACGUAGAUCAAGAAAAGAAAAUAGAAAGAAAGCUGCUAAAAGAUUCGGAACAGAACAGAGGCUUAUUAAGAAAGUUGAAAGAAGGCAGAAAGAUUAA